UUGAAUCGCAGUGUAGACAACUGUUUUACGUUUUGCAGAACAUAGAUGCUUCGCGUCGUUAGGAUGUAAAAAAUAUAGGCUAUUGAAUUUAUGAUUAAUUCAAAUGGAAAAGUUUCGUAAACAAUCUGAAAUGUUGUACAAUUAAUAUUAACCUAUAUUGAUAUUUACGCAUUUUACAUAUCUUCAACGUAUCUUUGUAGUCUCGAGACACAAUGGAUCAAGAACUGAUAGAAAAAUUUAUGGAAGUGACGGGAGAAAAUGAAGCAACAGCCCGCCAAUACUUGUCAUUAGCUGAUGGAAAUGUGGAAACCGCAAUAAGUUUAAUGUUUGAUGGUAGUCAAGCACCUGAACCGUUAUGUACACCUGAACCAGAACCUGAAGUCAGACCACCGAUUCUGCCUGUACAAGAAGUAUUAGUACCAUCGGGUCCAAUAUGUUCUCUUCCAAGAUUAUCAACUAAUGUAUUUGAUAGAUUCAGAGAUUUUGCAGUAGAAACUCAACGACAGGAAGAAGAAAUGACUCGGAAGGUAGCAGGAGUUAAACAAAUGUCUUAUUGCAAAUCAAAGAGAUUGGAGGAUUUAUUUCGUCCGCCAUGCGGUAUUCUCUUCUUAGGUUCUUUUAUGGAAGCUCGUGAGCAUGCUAAAUCACUGAACCGUUGGUUGCUUGUAAAUAUUCAAAAUCCUCAAGAAUUUUCCUGUCAAAUCCUUAAUAGAGAUGUAUGGCCCAACCAGCAGAUCCAAGAAAUUAUAAAGGAUCACUUUGUUUUGUGGCAAGUUUUGUCAAAUACAAGUGAUGGAAGUCGUUACGUCCAUCUAUAUGAUGUAUAUGAAUAUCCUUAUCUUGCUGUAAUAGAUCCUAGAACAGGAGAAUGUGUGAAAACUUACACUCAUAUUACAGUAGAUAUUUUAAUGUCUGCAUUAAAUGAUAUGUUAAGCUCUCAUCCAUCACCAGAAUGUAUUUCAAGUGAUUCAAUGCAUUCUAAAAAAUGGAAUAACUGUACUGCCACAGCAACAAAAGAAAGUUCUGCAUCUAAUUCAUCAGAUUGUACUAGUAGUACUAAGACGUUUAAGCACACUAUUGGUAAUUUAAAUGACUCAGGUAAUAUAAAUAUUAAGAAUGAUAUAACAACUAUUCAAAGUUCAAGUAAAAGUAUGUCAACAGACACAUUUCAAAAUAUAACUAAAAAAAGAAAAAUGAAUGAAUCAAAUGAAUUGAAUGAAAAAAGACAAGAAAUAAGUUCAAAGGGCGAACUGAAAUCUGUUUUGGACAAGAAUAAAACUGAUAGUGCAUCUGCUAUAAGACUCUGUUUAAGACUGCCAAAUGGUAAGAAAGAAACAAUAUCAAUGUCUGCCACAGAUACUGUAGAAAAUUUCAUAAAUACAAUGGAGAGUAUGGGUUACACAUCGACCGAUCACACUUAUUUAGUGCCAUUUCCAAAAACAAAUAUUGGAGCACUUUCUCCACAAAUACAUUUAUCGGAUACAAUUUUAUUUCCAGCAAAUACAGUAUUUAUAACAAAAAUAUAGUGAUUUGUUAGGUAAGUAUAUCUGUACGUAUUAAUAAAUGACGCGAUGUUUAAAUAUGUUGUGUUCUAUUACAGAUAAAAUAUAACGCGAGCAUUUCGUUUUAACUAAUGCAUUGUGGAAUAUAUCAUAAGUUCAACAAAUAUUACGUAUCUUAAAACAUAUAGAAAUAUAUCAUCAAAUAUAUAUUCAAUUAUCAUUUAUGUAUCAUAUUUACCAACAUUCAAUACUAUCGUUAUAAUAGUUGCAGUUCGGUUAUAUAUCUCAAAUCAAAUGUAUAGUAAAAUGAACUAUAACAAUUUAACUGUUUUUUAUACAAAUAAAAAUCAAAUUAUGAUCUUCA